AUGGGACUCUCAGCUAAGAGGAAACAAAAGAAGAUCAUUUUAUUUAUUGACAAUUGUCCAGCUCACCCACAAAUUCAAAAUUUGACUAACAUCAAACUGGCAUUCUUACCACCGUUUUUGGUGGUCAGAUCAGUUAUUCAGCCUAUUUAUCAAGGUAUAAUUGAGACUCUUAAAGGCCAUUAUCGAAAACUUCUAGUGGAGAAAAUGGUAAACGACAUUGAAAAAAGUACUACCCCAUUUGCCGUCAAUCUUCUGGAUGCCAUUGAAAUGACAACAAUAGCAUGGGCACGAGUUACUCCAGACACAAUAAAAAAAUGUUUUUCACAUGCUGGGUUUGGUAAAUUUUUGAAUUUAAAUACAACUGAUGACGAUUCUGAUGAUGAAUUGGACAAUUUGCCAUUGGCGAGAUUAUCAUCAGCGGAAGCAACAGUUACGGAUUGGGAAACUUAUGUGAAUAUUGACGAUCAAGUUAUCGCUACUGAUAACUUGACUGAUAAUGAAAUUAUUGAGUCUGUGCUUCAAACACAAGAAAAGGAGGAUGAAGAAGAGGAAGAUUGCAAUCUAAAUGAGAUUCCAACAACUAGAGAUGCAUUAUGUGCUAUAACAACGCUCAAAAUGUACUUUUUAUUUGGUGAAGGCCAGAAUAAUUUAGAUAUUGAAGGAAUUAUGAAAAUGGAAUACACCUUACAGAGUGGACAAAAAACCAAACUUAAACAGUGCACUAUAACUCGUUUUUUUAAUAACACCCGUGUAUAUAACAUAAUUAAAUAA